AUGCCACGUCCGGAGUGCUUAUCGAGUGCGAAAUCUCUGUGGGAUUGCGCUGGAUUCGCAGAUGCGGAUAAGAUUCCGUUGAGUGAAAAUCUUUGCCAGGGUGAAGAUGACAUUGGUAUUUAUUGCUGGGGACCACCAAGUUUCACUGGAUGGGCGAGGCACUGGAAAGGAUUGCAAAUUCUUAGUUCACCGUUCAAAUUCGUCCCAUCCGAUCCGGAUAUGGUCUCUGUUCAUAGGGAAUCGUUCAGUCGGCUUGAAUACGUCGAUAUUCUUUAUGCUGGAUACAAUGCUGAAACGAAAAAUACGACAUCUGCACUGUGGAUCGAGGGUGUACCGCCAAUCAUGAACGGUCUACGAGUGGAACGAAGCGCACGAGACGGGGUGUAUUUCUAUGAGCCGUCUGGGCCAAUUCUCAUUGCAAACUCAACUAUCAUUAAUAAUCGGUAA